AUAUUUUGCAGAAUUUAAGAUAAUUUUAUAAGUACUGGCGUUGCAAAAUGGUUACUUAUUUAUUAACUAUUUUGAAUGCUUAUAAAUAAGUUAUACAGAAAAAUGUUAUUUGUUAACAAAUAAUGGCCAUGGAUACCGUAUACAAACAUUUAAAAAUCCAAAACAGACCUUACAGUGUGAACGAUAUAGUGUUGAACUUGCAUAAUGAAUUUGGAAAAUCUGCCGUUCAAAAAGCUAUUGAUCACUUAUUGGCAGAAGGAAAGAUAUUUGAAAAAGUAUAUGGAAAGCAAAAAGUUUAUUGCGUUGUUCAGGAUUCGACGCAAGAUAUAGAGGAAUUAAUGAGAAUCGAUAAGGAAUUACAGGCACAUGCGAACGAAGUAGAAACUAAGUAUCAAGAUCUCGAAAAAGAGAUUAAAAAUCAAGAAACUUUAUUAAAAUCUUUAAAAUCAUCUAUUACUCUUGAAGAAGCACGUCAAGAGAAAGUUUCGCUCGAAGAGAGUAUUAAAGUUUUAACUAAUAAAUUAGAUAAACUUAUCGAAUCUACUGGAAGUACGGAUUUAACUGAAACGAAAAGAAAAACACAAUCUUCUCUAGACGAAUAUUCUCGUGAAUAUACUAAACGUAAAAGAUUAUGUACAGAAAUAAUAGAUUGUAUCUUAGAAAAUUACCCUGGUACUAAAAGCGAGUUGUACGAUGAAAUAGGUAUAGAUCCAAAAAUUAUUAAAUGAUAAACAUAAUAAAAUAAAUUUUGAUACUUUUCGUAAUGGGAUAAAGAAAUAUCGAAAAAUCUUAAUUUCUAUAAAAAUGUAUUAAUUUAUUAUUCGCUGCUAAAGGAUGUUUCAUAAGACAAAUGGUUUCACAAUCUUUUGAAGUUUGAAUAAUGGUUGGAAACGUCUUAACCAGAAUUUCUUAUCGUUAGAUUUCAUAUACGAUCCUUCCAGAACGCAUUUACCGUUGAGACAAAACUGAAAAAAGAAUAGGUAAUCAAUUUUGACAAAUAAAAUAUUAGAGAAAAAAUUUUUGAUAUUACGGCAGGAAGAAAAUUGUUUAAUUUUGGUGAACGAUCAAUUGAUGUAAAUAUAUGCAAUCUCAUAUACUUACGACGCCUUUUCCACAAGAAGAACCUUCAGCUGCUGGAGCUAUAGCUGUGCACGCACUUUCACUUCCUGGCACUAAACAAUCUAAUCUAGUACAGACAGUAUGAUCAGUCUGAAAAGUACAAGUAUUUUAAUGUAUUUUACUCUUUAAGUACAUAUAUAUAUAUAUAUUUGUUCGUAAACUUACAUUACAUGCUUUUGCUUCAUGACCAUGUACUUUCUUACAUUGAUAAUCGAGUGACAUUAAUUUGCCUGGCAGAAUUCGAGGUAACGAGUGACCGUUUACAGGUUCGUUAUAAAGACAUUUCGCUCUGUCUUCACUGUAAUGAUAAUAAUUUUAUAUAUAUUCUGUUAGCGUUGUUACAAAGAAAAUUUUAAAGGGAAAAAUUUACCUGAGGAAUGUAUAAAACGCGUUUAUACUACAGUUAGACCAUUCAAAUCCAUUUUCAUUUAACAUUAAACCGCUGGUCAUGAUGUAGCCGUCAUGUUCUGAACAAUUGGUAGCAUAUGUUGGAUUACCAUCAUGUCUGGCUCCGAUUCUAAAAUUGUCAUUGUAAUACGUUUUUAAUAAUUUAUAAGAGUGUCAAGGAAUUUUUUUUAAGUAUAGUAACGUACAAAUGGCCAAUUUCAUGAGCAGCUGGUAUAAUCCCACUAAAACCACCAUUAUCCUCUACGAUACCAGCCAUUUCUGAAGUUUUCUUAUCGUCUUGUCUGUUACAUGCUCCUGAUACAUAUGCAUAACCUGUGUAAAUAAAUAAAUUAGAUUAAAAUGUUAAAUAUAUAAAAAAUAUGUAAAAUAAUAUAAAUAUAA